AUGAACCCCCUCCGAAAUGCCCUCUUACCAAGGGCCUCAACCUCACCCUCAACCCCCUUCCGACCGAUAACCCCCAUAUCCAAGCCGCAAGUAUUGCGCCGCGGACGCCCACAACACCGAUACAACUCGGACUCCUCUACGGGAAAGACACCAGCAGAGAGAAAUGCUACACCUGCACACCCACCACACUCGCACUCGCACUCGCACCAUUCAAGCCACCCAACUCCACCCCUGCGCCCGCGCCCAGACACAGCCCCUGCCGCUACCGCAGCCGGAGCACCGACCACACCAACGCGAAGUCGCGGCUUCCGCGCGGUGGUAAUGGCCGGUCCGCUGGGGAAGUUUGGGAGAUGGUACGCGCGCGCGCAAGAUCGCAAGCCGUAUACAACGCAGUUCUGGAGCUCGAUUGUUAUAUACCUGUGUGGUGAUCUGAGCGCGCAGAUGCUGUUUCCUUCUGAGGUUCCUGCGCCUGCGAAAUCGGACGCAGAAGAUGGGGAUACGGCUGGGGUUGGGGAAGGGGAGACUGUGAGCGCUGGUUAUGAUCCGCUUAGGACUCUGCGGAGUUUGUGUGUUGGCGCUGCGUCGAGUAUUCCAACUUAUCACUGGUUCAUGUUCCUCGGCAACCAUUUCAACUACCCGAGCAAAUUCCUCUCGAUCCUGACGAAAGUCGUCGUGCAGCAGACGUGUUUCACUCCUGUCUUCAACACGUACUUCUUUAGCAUGCACUCUCUUCUUGCUGGUUCGACGUUCGAGGAGACGUGGGAGCGGGUGAAGAAGGCUCUCCCUGUUAGUAUCAAAAACAGCGUUAAGCUCUGGCCGAUUGUUACUGCGUUCAGCUUCAUGUACGUGCCGGCGCAAUUCCGGAACGUCUUUUCUGGGUGCAUUGCGGUUGGCUGGCAGACCUAUCUGAACUGGUUGAAUCUGAAGGCUGCUAGGGAGGUUGCGGCUGCUGAGGCGCUUGCUGAGGCGCAGGGCAUGGGUGCUGGUUCUUUGCAUCCUGUUUCUGGGGGGAAUAUGAUCUCUGCUGGGACUAUAUGA